AUGUCGUACAACCAAGGACCGCCACCGUAUGCUUCAGAUCCACAACUCCCUCCCUCAGUCCCGUACGCAAACACCCAAGGUCCUCAGCCAUAUCCCGCCCAUCCAGCCUAUAUGAACCCUCCAUACGGUGGUGGUGGAGGUGCUCCGAUUAUCAUUAUGCAGCAACAACAGCAACAGCAACAACAACAGCAGCAGCCACAUCAAGUCAUUGUGGCUUGA